ACAAAUGAUUAUAAGUGGCGCUCAAGCAGGCACGCAACUUCCGCCGUCGUCAUCAGUCCGCGACGUCCUCUCAGGCCGCGAGUGGUUCUAGCGAAACCUCCUGGUCCGAAAAAAGAAAUGGCACCAUCACCCACGAAGCGAAAGGAGGAUGAGAAAACAAAGGAUAGAGGUAAAGAGAAGACUGGUACGAAGGAAGGAGACAAGGAGAGGGGAAGGGAGAAAGUGAGGAAACGCCGUAGUGCUUCCUCUGGUAGCAGCAGUAGCAGCAGAUCGAGCUCCUCAUCCAGCAGCAGCUCGGGUUCCAGCUCGGGUUCUUCAAGUGGAUCCAGCUCUUCUGGUUCCAGCCGCUCCGGAUCUUCGAGCUCUCGUUCGUCGUCGUCCUCCAGCUCCUCGGGCUCCCCGAGCCCCAGCCGCAGGCGCCAUGACAACCGCCGCCGUUCCCGCUCACCCUCUAAGACACAGAAGAGGGGAGAUGAUAAAGAACGAAGGAAGCGAAGCCCCACCCCCAAACCAACCAAGGUCCAUUUAGGAAGGCUGACCAGGAAUGUGACCAAGGAUCAUAUCCAGGAGAUCUUUUCUACUUAUGGAAAAAUAAAGAUGAUAGAAUUGCCCAUGGAUAGGCUCCACCCACACCUGCCCAAAGGCUACGCCUACGUGGAGUUUGAGACUGCCGACGAGGCUGCAAAGGCCCUCAAGCACAUGGACGGAGGUCAGAUUGACGGGCAGGAAAUCAGUGCAGCUGCUGUGCUGACUCAGCGGGUUCGUCUUCCACCUCGCAGACUGUCUCCUCCUCCUCGGAGGAUGCCCCCACCACCGCCAAUGUGGCGCCGCACCCCGCCGCGCAUGAGGAGAAGGUCCCGCUCCCCGAGGAGGCGGUCCCCCGUACGCCGCCGCUCCCGCUCCAGAUCCCCGGGACGCAGGCGCCACCGCUCUCGCUCCAGCUCCAACUCCUCCAGAUAAACAGUUGUUUUCCAUUCAGAUAUCACAUGUUUUCAUAGAUUCUGACACCAGAUCAGCAGCAGCCCUUACUUUCUCCAUGACCUGGACAAGAAUCAGAUCUUCUUUGUUGCCAUCUGUCUACAUGACGAGAGCGCGGUUGCUUUUCUCUUUGUCAUAUUUUGGGGUAAAGUUAUUCUGGAAAGUUGGCUCUCUUUUUAUGUUGUCCCAACAGACAUCUACCAAUGUUUAGUUUGAAAUGUAACGUCUUUUUACCUUGUAUUGAGUUUUUAGACAUUGUGAAAAAAUAAAAACAGCAGAACCUUG